AUGUGUAACAUCAAAAAUAAUUGUGGAAUAGCUGCAGUGUUGCGGAAGAGUUCUAUAAUAAUUUGGGAUGAGUGCACAAAGGCACACAAAUAUUCACUUGAAGCACUAAACAGAACUAUGCAAGAUUUAAACAGCAAUAAUAAACUUUACGGUGGUGCUAUCUUACUUUUGUCUGGUGACUUCCGGCAGACCUUACUGUCAACGGGCGAUUUGGCAGCCAAAAACGUUGAUGUUGACGAAAUUAACUUCCAGAUACAACAGUUGUUACCAGGCGAUCUGAUGUCAUUUAAAUCAAUCGAUACUGUUGUUGACGAAAAUAAAAGUGUAAAUUUUCCGAAUGAAUUUUUAAAUUCAUUAGAUAUCCCUGGAAUGCCACCACAUAAUCUUCGAUUAAAGAUUGGUUCCCCCAUUAUUCUCCUCCGUAAUUUGAAGCCACCUCAAUUAUGUAACGGUACGCGUUUGGUCAUCAAAAAGAUUACCAGAAACAUUCUUGAAGCAACCAUUUUGUCUGGGAAGUUUAAAGGAAAAGUGGUCCUGCUGCCACGUAUUCCGAUGAUACCAUCAGAUUCUACCAUACCCUUCAAAAGGCUACAGUUUCCAAUUCGUUUAGCUUUCGCCAUGUCUAUAAAUAAAUCUCAAGGUCAAACAAUGUCCAUUUGUGGUUUAGAUUUGGAAAAUCCAUGUUUUUCUCAUGGGCAACUAUAUGUUGCGUGUUCACGUGUUGAGAAACUGUCGAAUCUAUUUGUGUUAGCUAAAGACAGGUUAACCAAAAGCAUUGUGCACCGAUUGGUGUUAAAUUAA